AUGACUGUCCCUGGCCCACUGGAAGCUCGCUUUGGCGAUAUACAAGUGCCUGCAGAGGUACAGACGGGAGAGUUUACUGAAAUCCCGGUCGUUGAUCUGGCAAAUAUGGCUAGUGAGUCUCUUGCCGAUCGAAAGAAAGUGGCUGUGGAAAUAUACAAAGCUGCUACAACCGUUGGCUUCUUUUACAUUCAGAAUCAUGGAUUACCUCAAGAACUCUUCGAUGGGGCUGACGAUUGGUCGCGCCGAUUUUUUGAGCUCCCUCACGAAGUCAAGAUGAAGUCCUUCUGCGGUGGGCGAAACAACGAAUUCAUCGGGUACCUCCCACAAGCUGAGGCUCUUCCUACCAAUGCAACACCACACCUACAUGUAGCGGCUGCAUCUCAAGUCGAGGCAUAUGCAAUAGGAUACGAGAACGCUGCUGAUGACCAGAAAAAUGUGGGUGAUCCUCCACCAUCGGACCCCUUCGACCUUCAUGGACCCAAUGCUUGGCCCUCUCACGAGGCAUUGCCCGGGUUUCGGGAGUGGCAGCUCUACUAUUAUGGCAAGUUGUUCAGGUUCAGCCAUCAAUUGAUCAGGGUAAUUGCCUUGGCCCUGAAUCUGGAUGACAGUGCAUUCGAUCAUCUGUUCCAUGCCCCUGGCUCGAUUUGUCGUCUUAUGCAUUACUUGCCUCGAAAAGUGUCCGCAGGGGAGCACGCUUCUAUCAAACCGCACACGGAUAUCGACUUCUUUACUAUUUUACUCCAGGGUAAGGUUCCUGGAUUACAGGUCCGUAACCGCAAGGGAGACUGGAUUGCUGCCCCGCUCAUUCCCAACGCUUUGGUAGUCAAUAUCGGGGAUACUUUGCAUUACUUGACAAACGGAAUUUUCAAAUCGACUCCGCACCGGGCGAUCAAUCUCACAGGAGAGCAGCGCCGAUCGAUCCCAUUCUUCAUGAAUGUUGAUCACACUGCGACUAUCGGCCCUAUGCCGGAAUUCGUUACCCAACAGCGCCCGGCGAUACGUGAGCCAUUUGUAUACGGCGAAUGGAUGCGCAAUUUGAUGGCAGGGUCCAAUUAG